UACAAUGAAUCAAUGCCCAUUCUUCGGUACAACGCUCGUGAGUACGGAUGUCGCUGCCUUAAGUGAAAAUUUUACUAAGACUCACAGCAGCUGGACUGCAAGAUUUUUACACAUAUUAAAUUAAACGAAAGAUAUCGUCUUGUGAUAAUUUUUAAUAAUAAAUACACUCACUCGCUUACAUAAAAUAUAAAAAUCUUUCAAAAUUAAUAUUAAUGAUACAAAAAUGGAUGAAACAGUGGCAUUAAUAAAAUCGUGUAUAAUCUCGAAGAAAGGCGGCGUAUCAUUUGAAGAUUUAAAUGAUGAAUUUGAACAACUCGUCGGCGAACCUAUUCCGUACCGUAGAUUGGGAUUCGUGAGUCUUUCUAAACUUUUAGAAACUAUAGAUGGUUUGAAGAUAAUUCGGAACGAAUUUGGCGAACAGACAUUAAGAAUAAACGACUCUAAGAUUUCUCAUAUUGAUAGACUCAUACGCAAGCAGAAGGUCGACUAUUCAAAGACAAAAAACAAAUAUUAUAAACAAUUUACACGACAAAAGAGCAAAUUUGAUUACAGCAAUGAGCGUAGGGAAAGAAAUAGAACAAUAUUCAAUACAAAUCGCACUAAUAAACGGAUUCAAAAUUUUGGUCAGCGCCGUGAUCCAUAUUUAUUUGGCACUGCUGGUACUUGGAAAGAUAGAAAUCUUUCCGAAGAAGAAGAAAAUCAUCAUCCAGUGGUAAUAGAAACAAAUGAAAUAAAUAAAGCUGAUAACAUAUACGAACCAAUUGCAAACGGCCAACAAUUACUUGGCGACGAUUUUUUCCUACAACUUGCAAUACGAAAUCUUCAUCUUCCUAUUUGGAGAUAUAAAGAUAGCUUAGCAUUGCAUUGCGGACUGUGCGUAUCCGGACAGACUAUAAGCAAUUGCACACGAGCUUUGAGGAAUAUUAACGCCAUCUCUAAUCGUGUCGUGAUUAUGCUUGGUUCGGUUGAUGUUUACAAUGGCGCCACUUACAACGAUAUGAUACACGACAUGACAGAACUCUUGCAAGUUCUCCGGUCAAAGUUUCAUCUUUCAAAUUCAGCCAUCACUAUCUGCACUCUACCACCUUUGGCUAACGUGAGCAUUCACGCUCAUAAGCAUCAGAGUAUGGCGCUAUUUUGCUUCAAUAAUUGGAUCAGAUCUCUAGCCGACGACGCAUCUAGGAGAGAUUCCUCUUUCGAAAAUUACCCGAUAAUCGAUUUAUUCGAAAACUACUGCAACGAAACGUACACUACGGAAUACGAUUGGUUCCAAACCCAAGCACGUAGAGUGUCCGGUACCAGACAUUCUUAUGUGCUAUGGAAUAACAAAGGACGGAAGCAGGCUAUGAGCCUCAUCUGCGAAGAAAAAGAUACGCUCUAGAAGUCCCAAUCCAUUGUCAAUGCAAUGAAUUAAUAGGGAUCUUCCGUUAUAUAUAUAUAUACAUAGGAGAUCAUAUAUAAAGAAAGAGAAGCAGAAAGGUAUACCACGGAGAGCCUUAUUCGUCGUCAUCGAUGACGAAGUACGCUUUAUCGAGGAUUGUCCGAGGUGUACUCUUCUGCUUCCUUCGUGGAUGUGUGUGUGUGAUCGAUCUAGUCUGUUUAUGUCCAUAUAUUUCCGUUUAUAUAUCGUACGUGAAAAGAAAAAAAUUGUAUAAUUUCGUCAGGAUAAAUUGCUUUAUUACAUCUAGUCAAUCGGCUGUUACAUGAAACUAAUGAAAAAAAAAAA